AUGAGGAAGACACUGCUGCUAGUUUUCAUUCAUGGGUUCAAGGGCGAUGACAACACCUUCGCCGAUUUUCCAGAUCGUCUACGUGCUGUAGUUGCUCGUGCACUUCCCGCAGUCAAGGUCGCUACCGUGGUAUAUCCCAAAUAUGAGACUCGUGGUGGUCUGAAGGAAUGUGUGGGAAGAUUUCGGGAAUGGCUCCAGGACAGAGUUAUUGACUUGGAAGUAGCCAAUCGUACCACAUCGCCGACCGUUGACCCUUCUGUCCACGUUUUCCUAGCUGGUCAUUCUAUGGGUGGCAUUGUCGCAGCCGAGACGCUAUUGUUGCUCGCAUCAGAACAGCCCAUUCCUGCAGACGCCUACUCAGAUGUAUCUUCAAGCCAUGCUUCAGUUGGCUGCGAAGCAAACUCGAAGACUGCCGCAAGUCCACGACUCGUAGAACCGGGCACAUUCAUGUUUCCUCAUAUUCAGGGCGUGCUUGCAUUCGAUACACCGUUUCUGGGAAUUGCUCCGGGCGUUGUUUCCUAUGGUGCCGAAGGACACUAUAAGAAUGUCACCACUGCAUAUAACGCAUUAUCGGAAGUAGCGGGCUUGUUCGGUUUCGGAGGAGCCAAUAACGCUUCAAGGGAAGGCUCAAACGCCACACAGCAAACACAGCCCAGGCUUCUACCUUCGACACCUGCCGGUACUCCUGCCUCGGCUACUGAUGCUGCUGCCACGCCAUCCUGGCAGCGCUGGGGUCGGUAUGCUAUGUUUGCAGGGGCUGCAGGUGCUGUGGCUGCAGGUGGCGCCGCCGCAAUGUACACACAACGACAACGACUGACGGAGGGUUGGGACUGGGUUUCUUCGCAUCUUAUCUUUGUUGGGUGCUUAGCGCGCCCCUCGGAAUUGCGACAGCGUCUCGCACUCCUGUCCACAGUGUACAACGAACGAGGGAUACGUUGCACGAAUUUCUAUACGUGCUUGGGUAAAGGCGCCCCAUCGUUGGUCGAGAGUAGUACAAAUCAAGGCAAGACUUCGUUCAGUCAACGGAUCCUACGCUCAAAGCACCGCACAUUCUGCACCCUGCCGGCUGAGGUUGAAACGGGCCAAGGCACACCGGGAUUUCCGGAAUCGGGAUUUUCGUGGGUCAGGGCGAUCAAUGAUAGGGCAGCGGACGAAGUGAGUGCCCAUAUCAGCAUGUUUUUGCCAAACCAGAAUCCGGCAUAUUUAGAGCUUGUCGCCGAUGCAUGCAGAUCCGUGGUGGAAUCGAUUGAUAAGGGUUGGUACUCCACUGCCACAGCACCCAUCGAGGAAGUUGAUGAUACACCGCCACAGGCUGGCAAGAGUAAUACUCCACCGAAUACUGAGAGUGAAUUUAUGGACGCUGACGACGUCGUGGUUGUGGAUUGA